AUGACCUAUGUCUACGGCAUUGAUGAGGACUCUGGUAGCGUAAACACCGGCAACGUGGGCGACGGCAGCUUUGACGACAACAGUCUAAACAACCAAUUCUGGUCAGUGGACUCAGGUAGCGUAAACACCGGCAACGUGGGCGAUGGCAGCUUUGACGACAACAGCCUAAACAACCAAUUCUGGUCAGUGGAAUCCGGUAGCGUAAACACCGGCAACGUGGGCGACGGCAGCUUUGAUGACAACAGCCAAAACAACCAAUUUGGGUCAGCGGGCUGCGGUAGCGUAGACACUGGCAACGUAGGCGAUGGCAGCUUUGAUGACAACAGCCAAAACAACCAAUUCUAGUCAGCGUACUAGGCUCCCAGAAACCCACCACGACAACUGCCCUGACGCUUUCUGUCCCGUGCUCUCACCCAUCUCAGCCUGAACAUGAAAAACACAGCACGCUCCGAUGGAAUUUGCUUUUGCCCUGUUCGAUGAUUUGACUGUAGGGUGCAGUUCUUACCCUUCCGUUGCCCCUCAAAUGCCUCUGCAAUAAUGCAAAUA